AUGUUUGUAGUAAAUCAUUUACUGUCAGUAGUCAUCUACAGAAACAUAUCAGAAUUCAUACUUGAUGAAAAACCCUUUACAUGUGAUGUUUGUAGUAAAUCAUCUAGUAACCGUAGCGAUCUACAGAAACAUAUCAGACUUCAUACUGGUGAAAAACCUUUUACAUGUUAUAUUUGUAGUAAAUCAUUUACUAACAGUAGUAAUCUUCAGAGACAUAUCAUAAUUCAUACUGGUGAAAAACCUUUUACAUGUGAUGUUUGUUGUAAAUCAUUUACUAACAGUAGUAAUCUUCAGCAACAUAUCAGAAUUCAUACUGGAGAAAAACCUUUUACAUGCGAUGUUUGUAGUAAAUCAUUUACCAACCGUAGCGAUCUACACAGACAUAUGAGAAUUCAUACUGGUGAAAAACCUUUUACAUGCAAUGUUUGUAGUAAAUCAUUCACUGAUAGAAGUAAUCUUCAGAGACAUAUCAGACUUCAUACAGGUGAAAAACCCUUUACAUGUGGUGUUUGUAGUAAAUCAUUUACUAACAGUAGUAAUCUACAGAAACAUAUCAUAAUUCAUACAGGUGAAAAACCUUUUACAUGUGAUGUUUGUAGUAAAUCAUUUACUAACAGUAGUAAUCUACAGAGACAUAUCAGAAUUCAUACUUGAUGGAAAAACCUUUUACAUGUGAUGUUUGUAGUAAAUCAUUUACUAACAGUAGUCAUCUACAGAGACAUAUCAUAAUUCAUACUGGAUGAAAAACCUUUUACAUGUGGUGUUUGUAGUAAAUCAUUCUCUGAUAGUAGUAAUCUUCAGAAACAUAUCAUAAUUCAUACUUGAUGAAAAACCUUUUACAUGUGAUGUUUGUAGUAAAUCAUUUACUAACAGUAGUCAUCUACAGAGACAUAUCAGACUUCAUACAGGUGAUAAACCCUUUACAUGUGGUGUUUGUAGUAAAUCAUUUACUAACAGUAGUCAUCUACAGAGACAUAUCAUAAUUCAUACUGGAUGAAAAACCUUUUACAUGUGAUGUUUGUAGUAAAUCAUUUACUAACAGUAGUCAUC